CCUCGAGAUCUCGUACCGAGAGUUGAGUGCCUGGUGAUUCACUGUUCUGCAGUCUUUGGAAACACACGAAACUACCAAUAAGUGAUCGUAAGGAGAAUAGGCCUAUACACACUGGCAGCUGGACAGCACGGCUAAUGUCUUUAUGUUUAAUUAUUUUAAAAUGAGGAAUUCCUGUUGAGGGUGCAAGUCGUUACGAGCGUCUUUUUUGACAGGGAAACCUGUUGGGGCAACAUUUUGUAAUAAUUCGUCCUACAAAACCUCGAUUUAGUGUAACUGCACAGGAGUGCUCUCCGUCUAAAACUACAGAAAUCUUGCACUUUGCGGAACUCGUUUCGGUAACCUUGUGUGAAGCGGAUUAAGCAGGUGUGGAGGAGGCGGCGGCGUUGGUUGUGGGAUGCGAGCGCAGUGGGGUGCGCGCGGGACUGAGGGAGGAUGGUGAAGCACCAGCCCUUACAGGUCUACGAGAGGCAGCUGUGCUUGUCCUGCGUCACUGGGAUCUACGGGUGCCGCUGGAAACGCUACCAGCGAUCCCAGGAUGACACCUCCAAGUGGGAAUGCACGUGGUUCUUCAUCCUGUGCUGUUCUUUCUUCCUGCUGCUGUUUUGGUCCUACUUCUGGUGGGAGGCCCACAACGACUACAACGAGUUUAACUGGUUGCUGUACAAUCGCUCAGGAGAGUGGAGCGAUGGCACUGUGCCCAUUCUCACCACCACAGUCGUGGGGUUCACUUACACCACAAUCCUAAUGGGGUUAGCACUAUGUCACAUAGCACUGGGACAACAGAUGAACCUGUUCUGGAUCCACAAGGUGUGUGUGCUGGCUGUGUUGCUUACCACCAUCACAGGUGUGGUGUCCAUCGAUAACCUGUGGAGGACUGAGUGGGACAUUGUCAUCAUCUCUUUGCAGUUCACGGGUCCGUUCCUGCACAUUGGAGCAGUUGUCGCGAUGACGGCCCUCGGCUGGUUGGUGGCAGGGUUUGUUGUGCGUGGAGAGAGAUCAAGAUUCCAGAUGGUUGUGGUGGUGGUGUAUGUGAGUGUGCUGCUGGCGCUCUAUUUGGCCCCGCUGGCCAUUAGCUCCUCCCCCUGUGUGAUGGACAAGACCAGCCUCAGACCCCGCCCCCUAGUCAUCGGCCGGAGGGGAGCGCCCAUGUUGGCGCCAGAGAACACCCUGAUGUCCUUUAAUAAAGCCCUGCAGCACAGCGUCAGCGCCCUGGAGGCAGAUGUGGCUGUCAGUCUGGACGGCGUGCCCUUCCUGAUGCGAGACCGCACACUGAGAAGGACCACAGACGUGCAGCGUGUUUUCCCCCUGAGACAGUCGGACGACGCCUCCCUCUUCACCUGGACCGAGCUACGCUCUCUCAACGCAGGACUCUGGUUCCUCAAGGAUGACCCCUUCUGGACGGUGUCGUCCAUGUCGCCACGGGAGCGCCGGCGAGCGGGGAACCAGACCGUGUGCAGCCUGUCUGACCUGCUCCGCCUGGCCCUCAGGGCCAACGUCUCCGUGGUGAUCAGCCUGCGCCGGCCGCCGCCUGGACACCCUCGCUACAACCUUUGGGUCAACGACACCCUCCGCGCCCUGAGGCACUCCGGCAUCCCACUGGACAAGGUGAUGUGGACACUGGAUGUGGACAGAGAGCAGGUACGGCGUGCGGUACCACGUGUCCAGCAGACGUCCCAGAGGAAACUCAGCCUGAAGGAGCUGCGACAGAAGGGCAUCACCGCCCUCACACUCCACUACAGCCUAGCCCUGCUACAGGACAUCAGGCAGUACUCCAGCGGUAACGUGAGUGUAAACGUGCACACCGUGAACGACCCCUGGCUUUACUCUGUGAUGUGGUGCAGCGGUGUGACAUCGGUUUCCUCAGAGGCCCCCAACAUUCUCAAAGACGUGCCUCAACCAAUAUGGCUGCUGAGCCCUGAUGUGUACUACCUGAUCUGGAUUGCAUCUGUUCUGGUCUCCUUUGCUGCUGUUGUUGCAAUAUGUGUACAUCAAAAGUGGAAGAUGAGUGGGAUGCAGAGCUACAACCCUGAGCAGAUCAUGCUAAGUGCUGUGGUGCGAAGACCCAGCCGAGACGUCAACAUCAUGAAGGAGAAGCUCAUCUUCUCCGAAAUAAGCAACGGUGUGGGAAGCACGGAGGAGUUGUCCAUGUAUGCGGAGAACGGAUAUGUCCACUACACGCACAGCAGCCUCCUGCGCUGACACACUAAGACCCGUCCUAAUUGGAGGAGCUUGCACACUAAGACCCGUCCUGAUUGGAGGAGCUAGCACAUUAAGACCCAUCCUGAUUGGAGGAGCCAGCACACUAAGACCCCUAAGACCCGUCCUGAUUGGAAGAGCUAACACACUGAGGGCCAGAUGUACGUACAUUUGCGAACGUAGCGUUAUCAGCGUCAUGGACACACCGCAGAUUGCAAACG